UUAUAGAUCAAAAUUUAUAGAAACACUGAAAUGAAUAACUCGUAGUGAUUGAUGCAAUUUGCUUGCACGAUCGCGCGGGGAUUACUUUUGGAGUUGAGUUGGGAGGCAUUGGAUCAGUGCAAUACCUUGUUUCACUUUGAGCUUGGCUCUAAAUGUGAUCAACAAGUAGUUUAUCAGCUACUGCGUGUUGGGUGUGGUGGGGCUGCUGUGUUUGCACAGUACAAGUUGCCAAAUAACAUUAUCUCGCCCUUUGUUUCGGCUGGUGGUGCACAUCUGUUACUGUCAUCUUGAGUGUCCAUUUCUGCUUGAAAGCUGCUGCUCAUUUCUACCCGCUUCAGGUUUGUCAAAUGUCAAUUUGGGGAGUGUGUGGUUGCGUUUGAUGAGUGCAGUUUAACCGGAAGACAGAUUGAACAAGAAGACGAGAAGUGACAGAGAGAGAAGAGAAGAGAAGAGAAAGACAAGGACGCAGUAGGCGAUUGAUUCAUUGCUCCUCCCACUAGAGGGCAAACAUAUAGAUAGCUGGCUCGUAGCUUAUCUCUUAUCUCACCAUCCCCAUCGCCAUCGCCGCCGCCACCCUUACUCUGGCUGUAGUGCUGUGCUGUGCUCAUUACUCGUUCACUCACACAUCUGUAUACUGUAAUACACUCGCCAGGUCAACAUCAAAACAAGCUACGCUACAAUCCAAACUCAACCGAUCGAACACAUUUGAACACACCUCAAAACUCAUCUUCAGACCCACUGCUAAUACACAUCACACCAUACGCCUGCAGUUAGUGGAUGCUGCUAAUUAAUUGAAUUGAAUUGUUUCCUUACUUGUUUCCAUAUUUGAGGCACAGCAGUCAUGAUGAGUUACGCAUUCUGUGGGCGUGGAGAGACGCUGGCAGUGAUCUUUGACAGAGAGGAGGGCGGCUUCUGCUCCUGUGCGGCCGACGUCCUCUUUCCCUGUCUCCUCUUCACAAUCGCCCUCAUUCGAAUCAUAAUGUUAAAGCCCCAGUGCAGCCCCAGAUGCUGUUCUUGCUGGUCUCCCUUUUCCAAACACACUGCCGCUGCUGCUGCAGCUGCACAGCACACACCCAACAGGAGCAUGGCCUCCGGCUGUCCCUACUCCUCCCCACAUCAGACUGACCACGUGAACUACUCUGGAGUGGCUGUGAACGAACACCCAGCCCCAGUAGGAGAAGCAGCAGCAGCAGCAGACUUGGGCAGACGAAGUGCCAAGUGGGGGUCAGUGGGACGCAUGUUCGUGUGGCUGCAGCUGCUCAUGCCAUUCCACUCACUCCUUCUUCUCGUCAUUCGAGUCACUCUGGCCAAGGAACAGUUGCUCCUUGUGUGGCCAGUGUCCAUUCUACUCCUGUUCGCAUCCUGGUGGACCAGCACUUUCUGUCUAGAAGUGGAGGUGUCCAGAGCUCUGGACAAGAGUUCCAGCCCCAAAUUUAGACACAGUCCCAUCCUGCUCCUCUUCUGGGGCACCAGUCUCAUCUAUGAAUCAGUGCCAAUCAUCGACCUCAUAGUUGCACACGAAUGGAAGUAUCCUCUACACGAUGCUGCCACCAAUACUAAAAGCAUAGUCAUGUUUGGCCUCUGGUGUGUUCGUUUCACUAGUGUAAUUGUCAUCCUCAUUCUCGGCUUCAUAGCUCCCGGACUGCCGAGACGAAGUCGUCCGGUUGUCCAUUCGGCUGGGGAGGGCGAAGACCAACAAGGCCUGUUUGGAAAAGGAGAGAAGAAAUUGACGAGUGAAGAGGACAGCACGUUCAAGAACUUCUUCCUGAAGAUGAAGUUUUUGUGGCCUUACAUUUGGCCGAAGAACGAACCCAGGCUGCAGAUAAAUGUAGUGCUCUGCUUCAUUCUCCUUAUCUUAGGGCGUCUGGUCAACAUCUGCAUCCCCAUUUUCUACUCCAAGCUAGUCACCCGUCUCUCUCAAGAGGAGGAGGUGGAGGGGUUGUCUGCAGGAGGAGGAGGGGGAGGAGGAGAGAGUAGCAGUGGAGGGGUGGUGCCCUGGGCUUACAUCUCUCUCUAUUGUGGCUUCUACUUCAUGUCUGGCAGUGGGUUCGGAGGCAGUGGAUUCCUCUCCAACAUCCGCUCCCUCCUCUGGAUCAAUGUCCAGCAGUACUCCAUGCGGACCACCAUGGUGGAAAUAUUCUCACAUCUCCACAGUCUAUCUCUUCGAUGGCAUCUAGGGAGGAAGACGGGGGAGGUGUUGGGGGUGAUUGACAGGGGCAACAACAGUGUGGUGACUCUGCUGAACUACAUUCUGUUCACGAUUCUGCCCACCAUAGCCGACAUUCUCAUAGCCAUUGUGUACUUUGUGUUCGCCUUCAACCUCUACUUUGGCCUGAUAGUGUUCGGCUGUCUGAGUGCUUACGUGGCCGCCACAAUCACAAUAUCCGAGUGGAGGACCAAGUUCAGGCGCGAGGUCAACAGACUGGACAAUGCCUCACGUACAAAGGCAGUGGACUCCCUCAUCAACUUCGAGACUGUCAAGUACUAUGGGGCUGAGAAGUACGAGGUGGAGCGAUACGAGAGGAGUCUUCUCAGCUACCAGGAGAUGCAGUGGAACAACCUCGCCUCUCUCCAGCUCCUCAAUCUAGUCCAGAUUGUCAUCGUCAACAUGGGACUGUUCGCCGGCUGUCUCCUCUGUGCCUACUACAUCAUCGACCAUCACAGAUCUGUGGGAACAUUUGUCCUGUACACGACUUACAUUGUGCAGCUGUACGGACCCCUCAACUUCCUGGGCACGUGGUUCCGAAUGAUCCAGCAGUCGUUCAUAGACAUGGAGAACAUGCUGGACCUGUUCAUGGAGUGUCCAGAAGUACAAGACAAGAAUGACUGCACCCCCCUAGUGAUCAGCGGGGGAGAGAUAGAGUUCGAGCAAGUGUGUUUUCAUUACACGCCCGAAAAGCCAAUUCUCUCAAAUGUCUCCUUCAAGGUUCCUGCUGGGAAGACAGUGGCCAUAGUGGGUCCCUCGGGUGGGGGAAAGAGUACCAUAAUCAGACUGCUGUUCCGCUUCUAUGACAUCCAUAGUGGGCGCAUCAGCAUAGACGGGGAGGACAUCAGCCGAGUGAGUCAGCAGAGUCUGAGGAGCAACAUUGGAGUGGUGCCCCAAGACACUGUCCUCUUCAACGACACCAUCAGGUAUAAUAUCGAGUAUGGUCGACACGGGGCCGAUGAGAAGGACAUCUAUGAGGCAGCGGCCAGGGCGGACAUCCACGCGAGGAUAGAACAGUUUCCCGACCAGUACGAAACUCUGGUGGGGGAGAGGGGACUGAAGCUGAGUGGGGGAGAGAAGCAGCGGGUGGCCAUUGCCAGGACUGUCCUCAAGGCGCCCAAGGUGAUCCUGUUGGACGAAGCGACCUCAGCUCUGGACACGAAGACGGAAAGAAACAUCCAGAGUGCACUGGAUGACGUCAGCAAAGACAGGACCACGCUGGUAGUGGCCCACAGACUGUCGACUGUGGUCAAUGCGGACAUGAUCAUGGUCCUCAAGGACGGGGUCAUAGUGGAGAGGGGGACUCAUCAGGAACUGCUGGACACUGAGGGAAGUGUGUAUGGGGAGAUGUGGAGUCAGCAGGCGACUUCAUUUGUGACUGAGAUGGAAACACUAAAAGAAACAGAAACUGAAACAGAAACGGACAAGGAGAAAUAAUGCAGCCAAAAAGAAUAUCAGGAAAAGACUUUGAUAUAAAUGGCCAGUACAUAAUAGAGUGUUAUUAUUCGACCGCUCACAAAAAAAUUGUCAUAAUCUAUUGAGUGUUAGUGGAAAGAAUAGUUUGGUUGUGAAUCUCUAGUGAUAACACUGGUUACGUAUCUAGUGUAGCAUAGUAUAAAUUAAUUCAGCAAUGUGCAUUGGAAAAGGGAAGGGAAGCGCGCAAACUAGAAGGGCCGAAUGACCGCAAUGAAGUUGAGCAAAUCGGUAUUCUGUAUUCAAAAAAAUCCAAAAGAGCAAAUCUGUGUUAGUCUAGUAAAAUCAACAGAUCGUGCAAUCGGACUGAUACUUGAUGCGUGCUUGCCAGACCAGAUACACCACUGUUUAUCGGAGUUCGGUUCGGCUGCUGCCAGACUGCUCGUGAGGUUUUUGUUCCCAUCACUUCACGAAAUGAAGGGAAGAAGUUAUGGAUUAGCGCGUUUUUUUUUUUGUAUCUCUUGUAAUUUUAGUAUCUCAAGGAAAGCUCAAAGGGAUGGAUAGAGUGUAGUAUCACAUGAAAGACCUAUUGGAGGUGAUUUGAUUGGAGUUUAAAACCAUCGGAAAGUUGCUCACGUCCUGAGCUCAAAUUUGAAAAGAUAUUUCACGGUGAUUUCAUCCGUCUCAAAAACAUUGCAGCUUGAUUUGAGGCAAGCUAUUUGGUCUAAUUGACACGUUACUAGACGCUCGAUACACCAACUUGUGCUUCAAAUAAUGAUGAGAGACUUGACUUGAUAUGAGCAGUUGUCUUGUACGGUUGGUGGUUUGUUGCAUUUGUAACUAGUGACAAACUUCAGAAGCUAAGCGUACGUCAACAUAUCCUGGUUAUAACAGCCGCCUUUAAUCUACUUAGGAGUAUGUUGUGUUGCUUUACUUUCACCCUAUGACUUUCAGCCACUUUUUCUAGUUCUCUGUGGUUUGCUACCUUUUUCAGCCAGGUUAAUUAUUCCAUAUUUUCAGUUGUCCUAAUAUGCUGUAACGGUGCUGUUUGUAUUGAGAUUUUGAUAGAUAUAGGAAGUAUUCUUAAAUAGAUAAUAAUCAAUAAUGCUAUCCAAAGGGAGCUAUUCGAAAGUGAAUAAACGCAUCUUGCGGAAUUGCAUUCCCACUUUCUCGUUAAUAUUCCUUGUGUUGUUUUAAGAGAUAGUUAUACAAAGAUUUAAUUAAUUGUUUCACUCUA